AUGGAGAAUGUAGCUUUGCGAAGGGCUGCUAGUCACAGUCCAGACACGUAUUGUCAAGGGGGUCCUGACACGUGUCACAAUGCCAGCUUGGCUGUAGAUGGUAAACGAGGGUAUGACUUCUUCACAACUCCAUGUACUCAAGCAGGUCGUACAUCUAACCUUAACACCCUGGCUGAGUGGAAUGUCACCUUGGAUCGGACCUACAAUAUCUACAGAUUCGCCAUCGAUGUCAGGCAUGGUGGUUGUUGUGAUGGUCGUAUCAAUCAGUUUGUGCUCAGCGUAGGUGAAACAUCGUCUGGUUCAGCAAACUACCGAGAAUGUUACAGAGACCAAACACAAGGAGGCCCAGAUAGCUCUGGUCCUGGUCCAACAAUCAAAGGGAAUUGUGGGAAUUACACUCCUCUGAGAGGAAACGUCGUCCAGAUUAAACAGACACGAAAGUAUCCAUUGAACCUUUGUGAAGUGCUGAUAUACGUUUGCAGUGAAAAAUGGUAUGGAGAAGAAUGUAAUUAUGAAUGUGAAACCUCUUCAAGCUGCUCACAUUGUGAUAGCAGUCAGCUGAGAUGUGAAGAAUGUAGGAACGGCAAGUGGGGUGAGCACUGUUUUCAGAAAUGUUUUUGCCUGGGUGGAGCUCAGUGUGCCAAGACCAAUGGCAGGUGCCCUGAUAACAAAUGUGCGGCUGGAUAUAAAGGACUCGCCUGUAAUAUAAGUUGUGAUGGAGGAGAGUAUGGCCCUGGCUGUGUGAAGGGAUGUGGAUACUGUGCUGAGGGAAGAACAGUCUGUGACAGAACAACAGGAGAAUGUCCGGAUAGGUCACCGAAUCCUAGAUGUCAGGCCGGAUACCAGGGAAGGAAGUGUGAUGAAAAGUGCACAGCAGGUACUUAUGGUGCGGACUGUAAGCAGCCUUGUGGUCAAUGUGCAGGUGGCUCAGAUAAGUGUGACAGAGUGGAUGGGUGGUGCCCAAGCACAGAGACACCAAGAUGUGCCCCAGGCUGGAAGGGGAACAAGUGUAAGACAGAGUGUUUGCCAGGCCGCUAUGGAGGAGGCUGCAGAGAGUUUUGUGGAAACUGUCGAGGUGGGAGGGAUACAUGUGAUAAGGUUAAUGGAGCAUGUCCAGAUGAGGGAGGAGUAAAAUGUACUGAUGGUUACGAUGGUAACUUGUGUAAGACAGAGUGUUUGCCAGGCCACUAUGGAGGAGACUGCAGAGAGCAAUGUGGGAACUGUCUAGGUGGGAAGGAUAAAUGUGAUACGGUUAAUGGAGUGUGUCCCUAUGUGGGAGGAGUAAGAUGUGCUGAUGGUUACCUAGGUGAUCAGUGUAAGACAGAAUGCGAUGAUGGCUUCUAUGGCAGUAACUGUGCUGAAGAGUGUGGAAACUGUGUUGAUGGUACUGGAUCCUGUCAUCACACUGAUGGCAGCUGUCAGGGUUGUGCCGCUGGUUGGAAAGGAACUGUCUGUAAGACAAACUGCAGCUCGUACAGAUGGGGUCCUGACUGUGAAGAGACCUGUGGUCAGUGUCAUGACGGAGCUGUCUGCGACCUGGUCAGUGGGGAAUGUCCCACGGGGGAUCCCCGCUGUGACACCGGACACAUAGGACUUCGCUGUACACCACCAGUCAUCGACUACACUGGUGUGAUUAUCGGCUCUGUGAUGAGUGUCAUUGUGGCAGCAGCUAUCAUUACCGCUUUGGUCCUCGUCGUAAGAAGACGUCAGUCUGGUUCCCCAGAUGGUACAGAGAGCUCAGCCAGGAACACUGGCGUCACACACGAGGUUCCCAUCCCUGAGGUGCCAAAUGCCGGACAUGACUCCGACACGGUCACGUACUACAACACGGCGGUCGAGGAGGAGGCUCAUUAUGAAGCUGUCACCGAGAAGGAGUAUGACAAGAUCCGCUUCUCCCUGCUGGAGACGGACAAGGACACCAAUUACACCAAUCUGAGCUCCACUGUCUACCCAAACAAAACAGUGUCGUCAACCAAACACUGAAGAAUGUAUUCGUGUGUUCAUAAAAAUCAGGGGCAAAUUCCCCUAAGCCAUUUGUGACUUAAGUCAAGAUUUAAAUACCAUUUUAAAGGCUAUUGUUUGACCCCAUUAAUCCCAAUAGUGACCACCACAUUACUGUUAUCAAAUGUCUCAAACUUUCCGCACCAAAAAAUAAACAUUGUGAUGAGGUUUUGAAUUAAAGUUAAAAGUGGCUUUGUAAAAUUGGCACCAGGAUUUAUUUCUUGAAAUACAUUUAAAUGCUGUUCGAAAUUUGACCAAAACCCUUGUAAAUUAACAUCACAUCCUAAAAUAUAUUCGGCGUGUCUGUUUUAAAUAUUCAGGAAGGUUGAUGGUGUAAUGAAAUGAUCAGGUCAAUUCCUUACAAAACAGUUAGAUAAUUUUGCUCUGAGUACAUGUAUUAUGACGUCACAAUCACAUUUACAAAAUUGUCUUUUACCGUCAUAUAUUGUAAUAUACUUGUCCAGCUUGGUCACCUUUACAUGUUACUUAUGCAUUUCUUCAUUUCCUUAAUUGUCACAGAGGAGAUAAAAUUUACCUAGUUUCAUGAAACAUACUGCUGAGAUACUCUGUCGCAUAUUAAAUUGUUAUAUACUUGUUCAGCUCUGUUGCAUGUUGAAUUGUUAUAUACUUGUUCAGCUGUGUCAGAGAUUAAAUUGUUGUACACUUGUUUAGCUCUAUCGCAUAUUGAAUUGUUAUAUACUUGUUCAGCUUUGUCAUAUAUUGAAUUGUUAUAUACUUGUCCAGCUGUGUCACAUAUUGAAUUGUUAUAUACCUGUUCAGCUCUUACAUAUUGAAUUGUUAUAUACUUGCUCAGCUCUGUCGCAUAUUGAAUUGUUAUAUACUUGUUCAGCUAUGUCACGUAUUAAAUUGUACACGUGUUCAGCUCUGUCACAUAUUGAAUUGUUAUAUACUUGUUCAGCUCUGUCGCAUAUUGAAUUGUUAUAUAUUUGUUCAGCUAUGUCACAUAUUAAAUUAAAGUUAGUUUGGCUCUGAGUACUUGUAUAUUAUAACGCCACAAUCACUUUUCCGAAAUUGUCUUUUACCGUCAUGUAUUGUGAUAUACUUGUCCAGCUUGGUCACCUUUAUAUGUUACUGCAUUUCUUCAUUUCUUUAAUUGUCACAGAGGAGAUAAAAUUUACCUAGUUUGAUGAAAUAUACUACUGAGAUGCAUAUUAAAUUGUUAUAUACUUGCUCAGCUCUGUCGAAUAUUGAAUUCUUGUAUACUUUUUUCAGCGGUGUCACAUAUUAAACUGUACACUUGUUCAGCUGUGUCACAUAUUGAAUUGUUAUAUACUUACUCAGCUCUGUCGCAUAUUAAAAUGUUAUAUACUUGUUCAGCUAUGUCACGUAUUAAAUUGUACACUUGUUCAGCUGUGUCACAUAUUGAAUUGUUAUAUACUUGCUCAGCUCUGUCACAUAUUGAAUUGUUACAUACUUGCUCAGCUCUGUCGCAUAUUGAAUUGUUAUAUAUUUGUUCAGCUAUGUCACAUAUUAAAUUAAAGUUAGUUUGGCUCUGAGUAUAUGUAUAUUAUAACGUCACAAUCACAUUUACAAAAUUGUCUUUUACCGUCAUAUAUUGUAAUAUACUUGUCCAACUUGGUCACCUUUACAUGUUACUGCAUUUCUUCAUUUCUUUAAUUGUCACAGAGGAGAUAAAAUUUACCUAGGUUAAUGAAAUAUACUGCUGAGAUGGAUAUUAAAUUGUUAUAUACUUGCUCAGCUCUGUCGAAUAUUGAAUUCUUAUAUACAUGUUCAGCGGUGUCACAAAUUAAACUGUACACUUGUUCAGCUGUGUCACAUAUUGAAUUGUUAUGUACUUGCUCAGCUCUGUCGCAUAUUGAAUUGUUAUAUACUUGCUCAGCUCUGUCGAAUAUUGAAUUCUUAUAUACAUGUUCAGCGAUGUCACGUAUUAAAUUGUACACUUGUUCAGCUGUGUCACAUAUUGAAUUGUUAUAUACUUGCUCAGCUCUGUCGCAUAUUGAAUUGUUAUAAACUUGCUCAACUCUAACGUAUAUUGAAUUGUUAAAUACUUGUUCAGCUCUAUGGCAUAUUGAAUUUAAUAUACUUUUCCAGCUUUGUCACCUGUACAUAUUACAUAUGUAUUUCUUCAUUUCCUUAAUUGUCACAGAGGAGAUAAAAUUUACCUAGUU